CAUAUAUUUAAGGAUUAUAUUAUUGUUGUUGUCUGGGCUCCAUCAUCUGCAUUAUAUUAUUAUAUUGCAUGAUUAUGGGGUUUAAGAGCGACAUGGUGGUUUACACAACGCUGGAAUGCGAAACCCAGGAAGAGAUGUUAGGCUGCAUGAAACUAGCCAAGGAAGAAGGAGCAGAUCUUGUGGAGCUUUGCAUCAAUUCCUUGUCUUUCUCACACAUCUCCCAGGUUGAAAAUCUCCUCAGAACCAGAACUCUUCCCUCCAUUGUCUGCUGCAGGCCGAACGCGCCGCCGGCGGUUUCCGGCAACGGAGGAGACUGGAAGACCACGUGCUUACAAGUUCUCAAACUCGCUCUUCGCUUGGACGUUGAGUUCGUCGAAGUAGCACUCGAGGUGGCUUCUGAUGCUGUUAUGGCAGAGCUAAUGAGUCUGCGGUUAAACAGCAAGAUAAUUGUGUCGAGUCAUGUGAAUGGCGGCGAGCCUCCAACUGCUGAGAAACUAGGAAACCUGAUCAUAAAUCUACAAGCUACAGGUGCAGACAUUGUCAAGCUUGUGAUUGAUGUCUCUUAUAUCACAGAUGUUGCCCCGGUUUUUCAGACACUCACCCAUUGUCAGGUGCCCUUAAUUGCAAGGGCUGUGGGAGAUAGAGGUCUUAUAAGCCAAUUACUUGGUCCAAAAUAUGGUGCUUUCUUUGUUUGUGGAUCCUUGAAUGGGAAGUCCAUUCCUGGCUUGCCAUGUCUGAGUAGCAUCAAAGAAGUAUAUCAGCUCGAAAAUAUGAAUGCAGACACGAGAGUUUUUGGGGUCGUCUCGAAUCCUGUAGGACACAGCAAAGGCCCUCUUCUGCAUAACCCUGCCUUUAGGCAUACAGGGUAUAAUGGAAUCUAUGUGCCAUUGUUGGUUGAUAAUAUUAACGAGUUCUUCAGAGUUUACUCGAGCAACGACUUUGCUGGUUUCAGCGUCGGAAUCCCUCAUAAGGAAGCAGCAGUAGGAUGCUGUGAUGAAGUCGAUCCCCUCGCUAAGUCCAUAGGGGCUGUAAAUACAAUCAUACGGAGGCCAAGUGAUGGGAAGCUCAUUGGUUAUAAUACAGAUUGCGAGGCCUGUUUAACUGCUAUUGAAGAUACACUCAGAGAGAGACAAACUACAAAUGACAUUGCAUCAGAAGGUUCCCCGAUUGCUGGGAAAUUGUUUGUGCUGGUUGGAGCAGGUGGUGCUGGAAGAGCAAUGGCUUUCGGUGCCAAAAGUCGAGGAGCCAGGGUGGUGAUUUUCAACCGGAAUUAUGAGAGAGCAAAGGCUCUUGCCAUUGCUGUGUCUGGAGAGGCCUUUCCGUUUGAAUGCAUAAACGAGUUUAGCCCCGAGACUGGGAUGAUCCUCGCGAACUCUUCUGCCAUUGGCAUGCAGCCGAGGAUAGAUCAAACUCCGGUUUGCAAGGAGGCCUUGAAAUCGUACGACCUGGUGUUUGAUGCGGUUUACACCCCUCGAAACACUCGACUGCUGCAAGAGGCUGCCGAGGUUGGAGCUGCAGUGGUUAGCGGGGUCGAGAUGUUCAUCAGGCAGGCUCUUGGACAGUUCAAAUUGUUCACUGAUGGAUUAGGUACCUUUUCUUCACUCAUGUCAAUAUCUCUUUUGUCAAGCAAUCUGCAAAUCAGACUGUCCAUUUGUUAGCUCGGAAAUCUGUUUCUAGGCUAGAUUGCAUGCUGUUCUUUUCCAGGAUCUUAAAAAAAAAAUAUAUAAAAAAAGGUACCCUUUCUUCAUUAGCAUAUGCUACCUUUGCAGUUUGCAGCAUUCUGGUUUCUUAAGGUUAACCUGUCUUGUUGUCUGCUUGCCAUCAUUUUAAGUAUCU